UAGAUACCAAUCAGGUUUAAGGUUAUGUUAUACAUAACAAACAACUAGUAAUUAAUUAAUAUAAGAGUAAUUAGAAAAAUAAAUAAGAAAUAAGUAUUUUAUUAGUGUAGCAAACGAAACUAAAUAAUGUCGUUUUGUGUAUUAGCUCGAAAUAUUCCAAAAGGCAUUGGGCUUUGUACAUUUAAAAGUCCUAAUAUUGUAUUUGGAAAUAAGCUAAAUCUGACUAAGCUGGUAUCACAGAAACAGUUCACGUCGUUCAAUCAACUACCAAGAAACAAAAAUAUUAAACAAUUGCUAUCACAAGCUGUUGUAAAAAACAAGCAAGCUUUACGAAAUGCCUCCACAGAUAGUGAUCACAGGAAAUUGUGGACUGCUGAAAGGGCUAUAUCAUUACUGUUGUUGGGAGUAGUUCCUUAUGGAAUUAUUUCCCCAAAUGCAGUAACAGAUAAUUUAAUGGCUGUUCUAACAGUGGCUCAUAUUCACUGGGGUUUAGAAGCCGUUGUAGUUGAUUAUGUACGACCACUUGUAUUUGGACCAGUAAUUCCUAAAGUAAGCCUUAUAAUUCUGUAUGUAAUUUCGGCUGCAACUCUUGGUGGCCUUUUGUACUAUAACUUCACCAAUAUUGGAAUAGGAAAAACAAUUAAAAAGGGGUGGAAUCCAAAGAGUGCAUAAAUACCAAGCAAUUUUGAGUAAUAACUUAAGUUUCAUAUGAGUGUAAAUCACAUAUAUAGUUGUCCUGUGAAUAAAACUCUUUAAAGUUUA